AUGGCGAGACAACUUGCGCCACUAAACAAAAAGGGGGGGGAUUAUCCUGCCCUCGAGGCGGGUACGCCGAGCGAGGUGCAUGGGUCAGGGUCGCGCUCUGGUCUCGAGCUGCUACAGAGCAGAGCCAUUGCUGCAUGUCGUUAUGCAGGUGUUGGGUCAGUUCCGCGACGAGUAGACGAGUUCAUGAUAUAUGUCUGCUGCGACGCGCGUGCGUCCAUUGCGAAGUUUGCAGCCUUGUUCGCCAUCUUAUUGUGA